UGCGAGUUUCAUAUUUCAGCUCCUCCUUCGCAUUCCAGGCCUGCCCAGGCUCCUCUCCAAAGAUUCUGAAAAUGGAGCCUCUCGCAACUACUUAUCCUCUGAAAUACUCAGUGCCCAAAGCCAGAGUCUUUGUUGUCUUUCUGUCAAUGGUUUUGUGUACCGCCAUUCUCUGCCUGCUGCAAUUCAGAUUUUUUAAAGCUAAAACCAAAGAUUUUUAUUCUUUCGAAGUCAAGGAUUCACGAGGAAGGAUCAUUUCCUUGGAGAAGUACAGAGGGAAAGCAACUUUGGUUGUAAACGUGGCCAGUUACUGCCAGCACACAGACAAAAAUUACAUCGCACUGCAAGAACUACACAGAGAGUUUGGCCCCUCCCACUUCACGGUGCUGGCUUUUCCCUGCAACCAGUUCGGAGAAUCAGAGCCUAGUUCAAGCCAGGAAAUAGAGUCUUUUGCCAAAGGAAACUACGGAGUAACUUUCCCUGUUUUCCACAAAAUCAAGAUCCUAGGAUCAGAAGCAGAGCCCGCGUUUAAAUUUCUAAUAGAUUCUUCAAAGAAAGAGCCUCGAUGGAAUUUCUGGAAAUACCUUGUCAGCCCUGAAGGUAAAGUUGUGAAAUUCUGGAGACCUGAAGAGCCUAUAGAAAAUAUCAAGCCAGAAGUAGCAUCAUUAGUUAGACAGAUUAUCGUGAAAAAAAGAGAAGACCUAUGAAAAAGCCAUUUAUGCGGUAAAUCCAUUCAACAACAGGGGUACACAGCCUUACUACAUUCCUGGAAAACGCUGCUAGAAGCUAAAGCAUCAGGUGAUUUUACUUCGCUUUGAUGAUAGUAUUUUCAGCUAUACUAUGUCUAUUAAUGUUGGACUGGUUCAUGUAAUGGCCUUGAGAACCAUGGGAGUCUACCGAGAAUAGCAAGACACUCAGUACCUUGCAGGGAUGGACCUUGAAAUUGCAUAAAGUUUUGAAUGUUUCUUUACAUUACUGACAGUAGCUAAUUAAAGUCACCAAGAGCAGGGAGAUAGCUAAAAAGAAGAGGAAUUGUUGAUGAAUUACUCAGUAUUUGCACAGAAGAGUUUUGUUUCUCAUCUAGCAGGAACAAAUAGAUUUUGAUAUUCCAUUAACACAUAAAUGCCCUGACUGAAACACAUGGGGCCAGAUCCAUCACAUCAGGGUUUUUAGAAACAAAUGCAACUGAAGAUACUAGCUUUGCAGUAUCUUCUCAGGAAAGAUGAGUGAAUUGUAAAGCUGUCAACUUAGUUGUAAAAAGGUGUACAUAGAAAAUAAAAUUAUGAAAAGAAAAAGGAAAAA